GCCUGACCAAGCGCGUUCUCAUCACGACCUACUUUAUAGUCGGCGCCAUUUCCCAGCUUCAGCAGAAACGUCAAUGCAACAAUCGCAACAGUUCCAUACCUGCUGUGUAGAAAAAUAGGCGGUUGUUAAAACAUAUCCAAUUGUUUUAAUUCUUGCUUCUCGUUGUUGUCAGCCGCAAUCCUGGCUUUUCGACUACGACUUCGCUACCCGCCGCCACUGCGGUUCACGACGUUUACGACUUCUUAUUCCACAGCACCAGCGAUCUUUUUGACUAGUACACAUCUUUGGCGUGGAAUCAUGGCGCCCAAACAAGCAACUCUUGGCAAGUUUUUCGGCUCAAAGUCCGAUGUGCCUGUAAGACAAGCAACAUUAUCGUUCAAGACAAAGGCCGAGACCGAGGAGGAGCUUAGUGCAAAGGAAAAUGAUGACCCAGAACAAGACUCCAAGAAGCGCCUGCGCAAAACUGAAGCUACCGAAGAUAACAAGUCAUCGAUUAAAACAGAAAAUGAGGACGAAGACGACGGCCCAGUCCCGAAGCGCGCCAGACGUUCUCGAUUAAAGGUUGAGGAUGAUUCCGAUAUGGAAGACGUUGUUCCGAGCAUCGAGCCCAAGACAGAGAAUGAGUCUCCACCAUCAACAGCAAUCAAGAAAGAGGAGGAUGAGGAGUCUGUCAAGGAAGAAGUCGAAUCGGAAUCGGCCUCUGAUGAAGAUAUCGAUGAAAAGCCAGCCGUUGUGGAAAAAGCUCGCAAGCUUGCCCAAACUCAGCUUAAGGGCACAACGAAAGACCCGUACCCAGACUGGAAAGCCGGAGAACCAGUACCUUAUGCUGGUCUAUGCACAACGUUCUCUCUCAUCGAAUUGACGACGAAGCGUCUCAUUAUUAUGGAACACUGCUCCUUGUUCCUGCGACAGGUUAUGCGAUUGACCCCAGAUGAUCUGCUGCCAACAGUACUGCUAAUGAUUAACAAGCUUGCUCCCGAUUAUGCUGGCAUCGAACUUGGUAUUGGUGAAUCUCUCAUUAUGAAGGCUAUCGGUGAGAGUACUGGCCGAAGCUUGCAGGUCAUCAAGGCAGACCAGAAAGAAAUUGGUGACCUUGGUCUGGUAGCGCUCAAGAGCAGAUCGACACAGCCUACCAUGUUCAAGCCUAAGCCACUCACUGUCCGAGGCGUACUUCAGGGUUUAAUGGGCAUCGCCACUGUGACUGGCAAUGGUGCCCAGGGCAGAAAGGUGGACGGAAUCAAGAAGCUCCUUUCUGCUUCUGACGCCCAUAAUACCGGUAAAAUCGACAUUACCAAAGACAAGGGUGGCCCUAGUGAGGCCAAGUACUUGAUCCGUUUCCUGGAGGGCAAGCUCCGUCUUGGUCUGGCAGAGCGAACGGUGCUCGUAUCUCUUGCACAGGCUGCCGUUUGCCACGAAGCGUCUCUUAAGGGUAAGGUGCCCAGCACGACAGAUAUUGAGAAUGGCGAGAGUAUUCUCAAGUCUACUUAUAGUGAACUCCCCAGUUACGACGUAAUUAUCCCCGCUAUGAUGGAGCACGGUAUCAUGAACCUGCGAGAGUAUUGCAAGCUACGCCCUGGUGUACCACUGAAGCCCAUGUUGGCAAAGCCGACCAAGGCCAUUACCGAAGUAUUGGAUCGAUUCGAAAACCAGACGUUUACCUGCGAAUACAAAUACGAUGGCGAGCGUGCACAGAUUCACUAUGUUGCCAAGAGUGCUCCUCAAAAGCUGAGCAAGUCGGCUCCUGACGCUAACAAGGAAGUCGGCAAUGGUGUCGCGAGUAUUUUCUCGCGAAACUCGGAGGACCUCUCCAAGAAGUAUCCCGAUAUUCUCGCCAAGCUGUCUACUUGGGUCAAGGACGGAACACAGAGCUUCGUCCUCGAUUGUGAAACUGUUGCCUGGGAUGUCGACGAGAAGAAGGUUCUUCCUUUCCAGCAGCUCAUGACUCGCAAGAAGAAGGACGUCAAGGUUGAGGAUGUCAAGGUCAAGGUCUGUGUCUUUGCUUUUGACCUGCUCUACCUCAACGGCGACGCUGUUGUUGCAAAGUCUCUGCGCGAGCGUCGAGACUUGCUCCACGCAGCGUUUAACCCUGUUGAGGGCGAAUUCGCCUUCGCCACAUGUAUGGAUGGCCGUGAAUUGGAUGAAAUUCAAGUCUUCCUAGACGAGAGUGUCAAGGCUUCUUGCGAAGGCCUGAUGGUGAAGAUGUUGGACGGCACGGAGAGUGGAUAUGAGCCCAGCAAGCGCAGUCGUAACUGGCUCAAGAUCAAAAAGGAUUAUCUCUCCGGUGUCGGUGACUCGCUGGAUUUAGUCGUCCUCGGCGCAUACUACGGCAAAGGUAAACGCACAUCAGUCUACGGUGCAUUCCUGCUCGCCUGCUACAAUCCCAACUCAGAGAUAUACGAGACCGUUUGCAACAUUGGUACCGGCUUUUCAGAACAAGUUCUUGAAGAUUUGCACAAGCAGCUCUCGGAGAUCACUAUUGCUCGUCCCAAGCCGUUUUACUCACACUCGACGGGUGGUCAGCACCAGCCUGAUGUCUGGUUUGAGCCACGCUUUGUCUGGGAAGUCAAGACGGCCGAUUUAACUCUUAGCCCACGUUACAAGGCUGGCAGCCAUGAAGGCGUUGAUCCAGCGGGUGGCAAGGGUAUCUCAUUGCGUUUCCCGAGAUUCAUCAAGGUCCGAGACGAUAAGAAGCCCGACGAGGCAACAUCAAGCAGACAAGUUGCGGAAAUGUACCGAAAGCAGGAGAGUGUGGCAAAGAACAAGGGUCCUGCUGUAGAUGACGAUUUCGAGUAUUAGUUAUUGGGAGAUAUGUGGUCUGUUUUUGUACGGUUGUCGCAUUUGGCGUUUGAAAUCACUUGGGUGUAUGUUUUACUGUAUUAUGCGAUGUUUUUAAGUAGCAAAAAUUUGAUAUUGUACACAUUAAUUUGUCAUGAACGUAUGUAAACACUAUAACAUUGGGCUUCGAGCUUCAUUUAAUGCUGGCUCGUCAUCUUCGGGGUCGAUCAAAUCGGACAAGUUCUCGUCCUCGGUACGGCGAGUAGGACCGACAUUGCGUCGUCGGAGGCCAUCUGUCCGCAUUAUAGGGACUUCUGUGGUCCUGCGGGUUUCUUCCGCGCCGUUGAGCACAUACCAUGCAUCCUUUUUGGUAAGGAGGCCUUGUAGCACGCCUUGGUCACAGAAGAGUACGUAACGGAGUCCAAGUUUCUGGAAGUACGAUACAGCCAAAUGCAUGUUGGUGCGCGAAGGAAGAGUAAGAGGUGUUUGGUCCAUCCAUGGGCGCAAGUCUAGCGUGGUCCUGGGGUCUGCAAGAGCCUGGUGCGAGAAGAACACUUCAGCUUCAAGGGGCAGAGAUCGUGGAGGUCCAGUGGCAGUGCGGAUGUUAUAGGUGAGUUCGGCACGCGAGAUAAAUCCAAGCAAGAUAGCCUCCUGCGGAUCAGAUAUAACGGGAAAGCCGCGGUACGGAUGAGUUUCCAAGAUGAUAUUGAGUGAUGAAAUUGUGUGACCAGUUGCAGUGAGAACAACGAGGUCUUCAAUUCGGGUCAUGGCAUCCGAAGCAGGGAUGUCAGGUAUUAUCAUCUCUUCGCUGUUGUCCAGGAAGGGAUACUCGUUGAAAUGAAUCCAAGACUCGUAGAUGCCCUGGCGUGAGAAUGCAUCUCCCACCCACUUGGAAAUCAUAACGGCAACCAUGAUAGGCAAGACAUAUGUCAAGGCACCAGUCAGUUCAAACAUGAUGACAACGAUGGACACAGUCAUGCGAGUUACGCCAGCCAGUGAUGCGGCAGCGCCAAUGAUGGCGUAUGUUCCCGGUGUAAUACAGGGUACAUCAGGGGCGCAAGUUUGAAACAGGAAGAAAGAUCUGUGGUUGUCAACCCAGAUUUCCAUGAUGAUACCAAUGGCGCGGCCAAUAAGUGCACCGAUAGCCAUAGAUGGCAGGAUGAUGCCAGCAGGAAUUUGCAAGCCAAAUGUGAUAGCGGCGAGAAAGAAGCCCAAGACAGCGGCAAAGAUGAGGAGCACAAUCGUGGUGGCUGAUGCCGCGCCUGUCUUGCAGAGUCCAAUAGGGUCGUCCAGGACUUUAGAGCACUCUGAGAAGAGACUUGACACCAGUUCUGUAGAUUGAACCUUCAUGUAAAAGUUGGGAUAGUUGAUGAGCGCCGUCAGAAAAGCAACGGCCAGAACUUGGGAAACAGGGCCGGGGAGCCAGGGGUUAGCCUUCUUCCAUCGUGCUACAAUCAUGUUGGCUUUGAUGAAGAGUCCGCCAUAGACGCCCUAUGACAUGUUAGAGAAGUAUUGUCAAAGAGAAGGCAUGUGACUUACACCAAUGAUACCGAGGAUGGCAUACGGAAGGAUUUCAAAGCCGUGCCAGUCGGUGCUGUACUUGGUUUGAUAUAGCACCAGCUUGCCAGAUCGAAACGGAUCAAAGGCUUGGAGAGAUACGGCGGCUGCCAUGGCACAAACAAAGCUCUGCCACAUGGUUUUAUCUGGGAAGUAAUAUGACAGUUG